AUGGUAUUGGAUAGGGGAAACAAGAGCUCUGUGACUACAUUCAUUCUUCUGGGCUUCUCUGAAUACCCAAACCUACAAGGACCCCUCUUCUUGGCAUUCUUGAGCAUUUACACAGUCACUGUGGUAGGGAAUCUGGGCAUCAUUUUAGUUAGAAGGAUAAACCCCAAACUCCACACACCAAUGUACUUUUUUCUUAGCCACCUAUCCUUUUUGGAUGUUUGUUAUUGUACCGUUUUUACACCUAAACUCCUAGAAAUCUUGGUUGUUGAAAUCAGAAUUAUUUCUUUCAAAGGAUGCAUGGCCCAAUUUUUUUUUGGCUGCACAUUUGUGAUCACAGAAAUGUUCAUGUUAGCAGUGAUGGCCUAUGAUCGCUUUGUGGCUGUUUGUAACCCUUUGCUCUACACGGUUGUUAUGUCUCGCAAGCUCUGUGCCCUCCUGGUGGCUGCGACUUACACGUGGGGUGGACUCUGUUCCCUGACACUGACUUACUCUCUGGCGGAACUCUCCUACUGUGGCUCAAAUAUCAUCAAUCACUUUGGCUGUGAGUAUUCGGCUGUCUUAUCUCUCUCCUGCUCGGAUACCCGCUUCAGCCAGAUGGCAUGUUUAAUUAUUUCCACCUUCAAUGAGACCAGUAGUCUCCUGAUCAUCCUCACUUCCUACCUUUUCAUUGUUGUCACUAUCGUCAAGAUGCCGUCCUCUGGUGGACUCCGCAAAGCCUUCUCCACCUGUGCCUCCCACCUGACCGCCAUCACCAUCUUCCAUGGAGCCAUCCUUCUGCUCUACUGUGUGCCCAACUCCAAGAACUCGUGGCUCCUCAUCAAGGUGACCACUGUGUUUUUUACAGUUAUGAUUCCCAUGCUGAACCCUCUAAUCUACAGUCUUAGGAACAAAGACGUGAAGGAGACAGUCAAGAAGUUAGUGAUUACCAAACUGCUUUCUCACACAAAGUAG